UACUCUCUCAACUGUGUCAACACGGCCAAUAAAUAUUUCAAAUAUUUACCGAAGCCUAGUAAUACUACAGAACGUAAAAACAUACGGAUAUAUGAAGGUGUGCCUUCUUUCACAACCGGAAGCGGUACAGUGUAUGUGUGUAUGCGUUAACACGUCAGUGAGUCCAGAUGAACUCAUGAGUGCAGCAGGCCGAGAAGUUUUCAGUCAGAAACAAUCGGGAUUUGUCCAAAUUCUGGAUGUUGAUGGUUUAAUCUCCGUCGGAAGGUUUUAUCGAUUCAUGCCCGGAUCUGGAGCUCGUUUGGAGGAACCGCAGCGGCUGUUUUCGGCAGUUUUGUAGAGGCGGAGCGGCGGAAAAUGCCUCUGUUUCCAUGGAGCGUUUGUGUGUGCGCGGCGCUGUGUUUUCUGCCGGCGGUGAAUGCAGACGCUGUAGACGCUUCUCUGCUGGGCGGCUGGCAGGACGUCUGGCUCUUCCGCUUGUUCCUCAAUGUUUUGGGCUACGCCACCAUCAUCAUCCCUGGAUACUUACUCAUCAGCUACUUCAAGCGAGUCAACUAUCUAGAAACAGGUCGUGGGCUUUGUUUCCCUCUCAUAAAGACUUGUGUGUUUGGCAACGAGUCUAAGACUGGACUGCUGGAUGACGCUUCACCCACUGGCAGAAAUGAGUCUGAGUCCAGUUCAUCGGCUCGACAGGCCUUCAAACUGAUCUUCUGUGCCGCUGGACUCCAGGUGUCGUACCUGACGUGGGGCGUCCUGCAGGAGCGUGUGAUGACGCGGUCAUACGGCGCCAGCGAGGCAGAGGGCAGCGGCGAGCGCUUCAGAGACUCCCAGUUCCUGGUGUUCAUGAACCGUAUCCUGGCGCUGACGGUGUCGGGUCUGUGGUGCGUCCUCUUCAAGCAGCCUCGACACGGAGCGCCCAUGUACAAAUACUCCUUCGCCUCGCUCUCCAACAUCCUCAGCAGCUGGUGCCAGUACGAGGCGCUCAAGUUCAUCAGCUUUCCCACACAGGUACUACACGCACUACAUUCUGGGUACACAAGAUGCUCAAUAAGGCAUUGUCCGUGGAUCUGCUUGACAGUCCCAUGUUUGCAGCUUUGGCGUGAAUCACUCACAUGAGCCAUGGUGCUUAGA